GAAAGUAUUCGGGUAGAGAGCGAGAGUGCGAAUAUAAGACGUGGUCACCGUUCAAGAAAAUCAGUCCGUCGCGGGUGCAUCCGAAGACAACAAUCAGGAUGAAGACGCAAUUCAUCCUGAUAGCUUGCUUGACAAUAGCGGGACGAGCACUUAGUACUCAAGUAUACGAAACUCCAAGUGACUCUCCUCAACAACAAUGGCAACCGUGGAAGAAUCAAGACUCGAAUCAAGCCGCGAGUGUGGAACAAGAGAACUAUCGUCCCGUUACAUUUGAAGGUUCUGACACGCCGAAGGAGUUACAACAACCAUCGACAUACAACGCCAAUAUUCAAUCGAGCGCCAGCAGCGUUGCCGAGGUCGUUAAUCAGAAGCAAUCGAUUGAAUCCGUAAUCGACGACAUUCUCGUAUCCAAUCGGCAGGGUCGCAAUCUCGAGGGCUACGGCGAGGUCUACUCUGAUUCCAACGUGAAAAAUGCCCUUUUGCUUGGCAAUGAUACGAUCGCGCGUACUUAUAUCAGAGACAAGCUCUGUUCUCUCGGUUUGAUGAACUGCGAUGACGUGGAAGGGCGACGCCCUUAUUAUUCUCCGCACCGUGACAUUCAUCCGCACGAUGUUAUCUACGCGCAACCGGUCACAAUCAAGCCCGUGGGUCAUCCACUGCCGGCUAUCCCCAUUGUGAAGCGACCCUACGGCCCGGCGAAACCCGUUCCGCUGCCACCGAGCUUCGGUUCUUCGCUCGGACCCGGCAUCUAUCCCGGACCCGGCAUCUAUCCCGGAUCUGGACCGUUGAAGCCCCCCCCGCCCAGCUUCAUCGGACCCUAUCCCGGCUACAAGAAACCCGGCCUGCCACCACCGUUCCUGUCGAAACCCAUUUACGAGGACAUUGAACCCGAUUUCGAGGACAAGUACAUAGACAAGAAACAAGUGGUGCUGCAUCAGCCGGGCUCGUCGGGCCUUCAGCAACACGUCCAUCAUCAUUACCAUCACGGAGACGUCGGUGCGGCCGUCGGCGCCGCGCAUAAUCCCGUAGUUGCGCCCGUGUUCGGCGGCAACGGACUUGGCAAUUACGGAUACGGAAACGGCGGAACGUACGGCGCCGCGUUCAACGACUUAGAUGACUACAAGAAAGCGUUCAAGGUUCAAACGCCCACGUCGAACAGCGGUCCGGCGGCCUUCUCCUCCUCGUCGUCGUUGUCGUCGUCCUCCGGAAAAGAUUACGCCAAUCGUUAUCCCACUUACGAGAGGCCGAACGGCAAGCAGUUCGGCGCUGCCGGACAAUACAUUUCUAACAAUCAGUUUUCGGGGAACGGCGAUUAUCAAUUUAACGGCGCCGACAACAGCUUCGGCUCGACGUCCUACGAGGACUGCGUGUGCGUGCCGUACAAUCAGUGCAACACGAUCAAUCACGCGGGCCGCAAGGACGAUCUCUACCUAGCGAUCGAUCCGCGUAAUCUCGACAAGGACAUCGAUGCGGACACCAACGUCGAGGCGGUGGUCACCGACGGAAACGGCACCAUGACCAUCGUCCGAGUGCCCAAGGGAGUGAACGCGACCGAGCAGAUCGAACAGGCGAAAAACGAGCAGGCGAAGGAAGCGGCCGGCGAAGCUGCUGAAGUUACGAAGCGGAACCGCAGGGACGUCAAGCACGUUAGCGGCAAGAAGGACAAGCAGGAGAUACAAGAAAGACUGACGAUAGGGACCGGCAAUCUGGACACUUCGAAACUGAACGUGAGGCCGACUUGGGGCAUCAGUUUCGGCCUACCGCAGACCGGUGGUGUCGGCCCGAUCGCGCCCCACCCUGGUAAUCCCCUGGGAAUCCCGGGGUACUCGCCGGGCCACGGGCUGGCCGGUGGUGGACAGGGUAUAAAUCUCGGCCCGGUGUCCGUGAAUCCGCUCGUAGCGGUGCAGGUUACCAAAGACGAGUACGGUGAGAAGGUCGUUAAGCCUUACGUAAAUCUCCACGUAUCGCCGAAUCCGGCGCUCGUUCACAAGCUGGGCCAUCUGCUGGCCUACAAGAAGCAGAGUUUAUACGGCGGACAUUACGGCGGAUACCCGGGCGUUUACGCUCCUCAUUAUCACACGCAUCACGGGCGACCGAUCCCUCAUUAUCCGUCGCGGCCGCCGUUCUAUCCGUCGCACGGUGUCCAUCAGCACUAUCCGAUCCACCAUAAACCGCACUAUCCGGGCGAGUACUAUCCCACCUACAAGGACGACGAUUACGGCAACGACUACGACUACUCGGAUGACGAUUACGCGGACGAUUACUAUCGGAGCGCUCGCGUGGGGAACGCGACGAAGAGCAGACAGCUCUCGGCGAAGGACACUCCGCGGGGACCGGCUGCCGGCGGUGAGCGGCAGACAAGUGGAAAGAUUACCUUCGCGGACAGAAGGAAGCGCGACACGACGACAUUUAGCGAAACGAGAACGUCGGAGAGACAGCUUGGACGUCAGCCGAUUUGCGGUUCGCAUCACGUCUGCUGCCGACGAUCGCACAUAAUAGGGACACCCCAUCGACUUCAAUGCGGAGUUAGGAACACACAGGGCAUCAAUGGGCGUAUCAAGACUCCGGUCUACAUCGACGGCGACUCUGAAUUCGGCGAGUACCCGUGGCAAGUGGCUAUCCUGAAGAAGGAUCCUCAGGAAAGCGUCUACGUUUGCGGAGGAACAUUGAUCUCACCGCGUCACAUCAUCACUGCCGCUCACUGCGUGAAGACUCACUCUGGUCGUGAUCUUCGUGCACGAUUGGGCGAGUGGGAUGUGAAUCACGACGUCGAGUUCUAUCCCUACAUUGAACGCGACAUCGUCAGCGUAUUCGUGCAUCCUGAUUUCUACGCCGGCACUCUCGCCAAUGACCUUGCUAUUCUCAAGCUAGAUCACGACGUCGAUUUUGUAAAAAACCCUCAUAUUAGUGCCGCCUGUCUGCCGAACCGCCACGACGACUUCAUCGGAACAAGAUGCUGGACCACCGGAUGGGGCAAGGACGCUUUCGGUGACUAUGGCAAAUACCAGAACAUUCUGAAGGAAGUGGACGUACCUGUAAUGAGCAACCGCAUAUGCGAGGAGCAUAUGAGAAACACGCGGCUAGGUCCCAGUUUCAAUCUGCAUAAGGGCUUUAUCUGUGCCGGUGGCGAAGAAGGAAAAGAUGCAUGCAAAGGAGAUGGUGGCGGUCCGAUGGUCUGUCAACGUCAAGAACACAUGGAAUUAGCUGGAGUGGUUUCAUGGGGCAUCGGCUGUGGCCAGGCCGGUGUGCCAGGCGUCUACGUACGCGUUUCUCACUAUCUUGAUUGGAUCAAUGAUAUCAUAAACUAUAAGUAACAGAAGAAUCGGUCUAAUUAUUAAGAAGUAUUUUUCUUAAGAUGUAAAAAAAACGAUCAAAUUUCAUUAAUUUUCUCUAAAUUACAUAAUUUUCAUCAUCUAACGUAUAAAAUUUACUUGAUAAUGAUAGCGCAGAAUAUAUUUUUUCAAUUAUAAUUAUAUUUA